AUGACGGCGAAAGUGAUUUCGGGCACCGCUGUUGCCCAGGCUAUCGAGAGCGAACUGCGUCAGGAGGUGGGGGAUUUGCAAGCCAAGCUCCCGUCCUUCAAGCCGGGACUGGCCAUCGUGCAGGUGGGCGGCCGCGAGGACUCCAACGUCUACAUCCGCAUGAAGCUGAAGGCUGCCGCGAAUAUCGGCAUAGAGGCCGAGCACAUCCGUCUGCCGAAAGACUGCACGCAGACUGAGUUGCUGGAGAAGCUGACAACCCUGAACGAGUCUCCACUGGUUCAUGGCAUCAUAGUGCAGAUGCCGUUGGAUUCCGACCACGAGAUCGAUUCGCACCUCAUCACUGACGCUGUUUCCUCGCAAAAAGACGUCGAUGGGUUGAACACGGAAAACGAGGGUCGCGUUGCCAUUGGGGACUUCUCCGGCUUCGUGCCCUGCACGCCAGCCGGCUGUGUGGAGCUGAUAAAACGGACAGGCGUCACGAUCGCCGGCAAGAGCGCCGUGGUGCUGGGCCGCAGCCGCAUCGUGGGCACGCCGGUCGCCGAGCUCCUCAAGUGGGAGAACGCCACCGUCACCGUAUGCCACUCGAAGACCCAGAACCUCAGCGAGAUCACAAAGACCGCUGACAUAUUAGUGGUGGCCAUUGGGAAACCUGAGAUGGUGCGCGGGUCGUGGAUCAAGCCUGGCGCGAUCGUCAUCGACUGCGGCAUAAACCCAAUCCCAGAUGCGUCUAAGAAGAGCAACCAGCGUCUGGUGGGCGACGUCGCUUACGAGGAGGCGCUGAAGGUUGCAUCUUACGUGACUCCAGUGCCCGGUGCUCGAGCGGCUGUUGCGGCCCAAUUGGCCUCUGCAAGUCCUGAGGCUCUCGCCCCUAUCGCCGCCACCCAGCGAUAUCGUGAUAGCCGGUCGCAGAAACCGAAGCCCAUCGCAAAGCUGGCUGAAGAGAUCGGGCUGUACCCGAACGAGGUGUCGCAGUACGGCAGCACGAAGGCCAAGAUCUCUCUCUCCGUGUUGGAUAGGCUACAAGAGCAGCGCGGCGGCAAAUACAUCGUAGUCGCCGGAAUCACGCCCACGCCGCUGGGCGAGGGUAAGAGCACCACGCUGCUGGGGCUGGUGCAGGCGCUGAGCGCGCACCGUGGGCGCAACGCGUUCGCGUGCAUGCGCCAGCCCAGCCAGGGACCCACCUUCGGCGUCAAGGGCGGCGCCGCCGGAGGCGGAUAUUCCCAGGUUAUUCCUAUGGAGGACUUCAAUCUCCACCUGACCGGAGACAUCCACGCGGUGACAGCCGCUAACAACUUGCUCGCGGCGCAAAUGGACGCCCGGAUCUUCCACGAGCUAACCCAAAAGGACGGACCGCUUUACGAUCGGCUGGUGCCCAAGAUCAAGGGCGUCAGGAAGUUCUCCCCCAUCCAGCUGAGGAGACUGCAGAGGUUGGGCAUCGACAAGACAGAUCCAGACUCCUUGACCGACGAGGAGAGGAGCAAGUUUGCGAGACUCGACAUAGACACGAAUAAAAUAAUGUGGAGAAGAGUGGUGGACCUGAACGACAGAUACUUGAGGAAGAUCACUAUCGGCCAGUCGCCGACCGAGAAGGGAUUUUCGCGUGAGACUGCCUUCGACAUUUCCGUCGCGUCGGAGAUCAUGGCCAUACUGGCGCUGGGCACCAGCGUCGAGGACAUAAAGGAGCGACUCGCCAACAUGGUCGUCGCGCUGGACAAGAGCGGCAAUCCAGUUACCGCUGACGACCUGGGCGUUACUGGUGCACUGAUGGUGCUACUGCGGGACUCGCUGGAGCCGACGCUCAUGCAGACGUUGGAAGGCACACCGGUGCUGGUGCACACUGGACCCUUCGCCAACAUCGCCCACGGCUGCUCCUCCAUUCUAGCCGACAAGAUCGCCAUGAAGCUCGCACGGGAGAGCGGUUUCGUGGCAACGGAGGCCGGCUUCGGAUCUGAUAUCGGCAUGGAGAAGUUCUUCGAUAUUAAGUGCCGUGCCAGCGGCGAUUUACCCCAUUGCGCGGUGAUCGUUGGAACUGUGCGCGCCCUGAAGAUGCACGGUGGUGGCCCACCGGUCAGCCCCGGCCUGCCGCUGCACGACGUCUACGUUCAGGAAAAUCUAGAGCUGCUUUCAAAGGGUUUGUGCAAUCUGGGCAAGCAUAUUAGCAACGGAAACAAAUUCGGCGUACCGGUCGUUGUAGCUAUCAAUCGACACGGAAACGACACUCAAGCGGAACUGAACCUGGUGAAGCUGUUUGCCGAGCGGAACGGUGCGUUCAAAGCGGUGAUCUGCGACCACUGGGCGAAGGGGGGCGCUGGCGCCCUGGAAUUGGCGGACGCCGUCAUAGAGGCCUGCGAAAGGGACUCCCACUUUAAAUUCCUCUACCCCCUCGACCUCUCCAUCCCGGAGAAGAUUCUCCUGAUCGCCAAGGAGAUGUACGGCGCCGGCCAAGUGGAGUACACAGACGAGGUGCUGCAGAAGAUCAAGGUGUUCACGGAAAAGGGCUACGACAAGUUGCCGAUCUGCAUGGCGAAGACCUCAAACUCCUUAACCGGCGACCCGGCCGUGAAGGGCGCGCCCACUGGCUUCAGUUUACGCGUCAGCGACAUAUUCGUGUCUGUGGGCGCCGGUUUCGUGGUGCCGAUGUGCGGCGAGAUCAGCAAGAUGCCGGGCCUGCCCACUCGGCCCAGCAUCUACGACAUAGACCUCAACACCACCACCAUGGAGAUCGAGGGUCUCUUC